GUAGCAAAACAUAUGUGUUUUCAAAUGGAAACAGAGUAGUGUGGACGUGGCCUAAGACUCACUAAGACAACAGAGUCUGACCUGAGAGUCUGACCUCUAAAACCAGCCACACCAAAGUUCAGAGGAUCCAUCAGGGACCACACUGUCCUGGACCUGAACCCAGCUGUGUCCAUGAAGAGUGACCGGUCUAUGGCUCGUCCUGUAUCCUUCAAAGAUGGACGCCACUCUGUUGAUCAAAGAGAGGACCAGGAGAGCUCAGAGUUUCCCAGAGGUCAGUCUGCUCAGCAGCAUCAAACACACCUGGACUCCAUAUUUAUGCUGCUGGAGGAGAACAUCGUCACUUUUGUGAAGAACGAGCUGAAGAAGAUCCAGAAGGGACUGAGUUCAGAUUACCCAGAAUGCUUAGAGAGUCAGAGGGAGGAUGAAGAGGUGUUGGAUGGUGUGGAUGAAAACCAGAGGAGGAGCAGCAGAGAGGCAUUUGUGAAGAUCACAAUAAACUUCCUGAGGAGAAUGAAGCAGGAGGAGCUGGCUGACUGUCUGCAGAGCAGUAAGAAGAUUUCUCUAAAGAUUCAACAUGCUGGAUCAAUGGGACGAAGUCAUUCGGGAGUUUGUCAACAUGAACUCAAAUAUAACCUGAAGAAGAAGUUCCAGUGUGUGUUUGAGGGGAUCGCUAAAGCAGGAAACCCAACUCUUCUGAAUCAGAUGUACACAGAGCUCUACAUCACAGAGGGAGGGACUGCAGAGGUCAAUGAUGAACAUGAGGUCAGACAGAUUGAAACAGCAUCCAGGAAACCACACAGACCAGAAACAACCAUCAGACAAGAAGACCUCUUUAAAGCCUCACCUGGAAGAGAGGAACCAAUCAGAACAGUGAUGACAAAGGGAGUGGCUGGCAUUGGGAAAACAGUCUUAACACAGAAGUUCACUCUGGACUGGGCUGAAGACAAAGCCAACCAGGACAUACAGUUCAGAUUUCCAUUCACUUUCAGAGAGCUGAAUGUGCUGAAAGAGAAGAAGUACAGCUUGGUGGAACUUGUUCAUCACUUCUUCAGUGAAACCAAAGAAGCAGGAAUCUACAGCUUUGAAGGGUUCCUGGUUCUGUUCAUCUUUGACAGUCUGGAUGAGUGUCGACUUCCUCUGGACUUCCACAACAAUGAGGUCCUGACUGAUGUUACAGAGUCCACCUCAGUGGAUGUGCUGCUGACAAACCUCAUCAGAGGGGAACUGCUUCCCUCUGCUCACCUCUGGAUAACCACACGACCUGCAGCAGCCAAUCAGAUCCCUCCUGAGUGUGUUGGCAUGGUGACAGAGGUCAGAGGGUUCACUGACCCACAGAAGGAGUACUACUUCAGGAAGAGAUUUAGAGAUGAGGAGCAGGCCAGCAGGAUCAUCUCCCACAUCAAGACCUCACGAAGCCUCCACAUCAUGUGCCACAUUCCAGUCUUCUGCUGGAUCACUGCUGGAGUUCUGGAGGAUGUGGUGAAGACCAGAGAGGGAGGAGAGCUGCCCAAGACCCUGACUGAGAUGUACAUCCACUUCCUGGUGGUUCAGUCCAAACUGAAGAAGGUCAAGUAUGAUGGAGGAUCUGAGACAGAUCCACACUGGAGUCCAGAGAGCAGGAAGAUGACUGAGUCUCUGGGAAAACUAGCUUUUGAUCAGCUGCAGAAAGGGAACCUGAUCUUCUAUGAAUCCGACCUGACAGAGUGUGGCAUCGACAUCAGAGCAGCCUCAGUGUACUCAGGAGUGUUCACACAGAUCUUUAGAGAGGAGAGAGGACUGUACCAGGACAAGGUCUUCUGCUUCGUCCAUCUGAGUGUUCAGGAGUUUCUGGCUGCUCUUCAUGUCCAUCUGACCUUCAUCGACUCUGGAGUCAAUCGGCUGUCAGAUGAACAAACAAUCUCCUGGUGGUCUAAUAUCUCUAGAGGCAAACCUGAACAAACACAUCUCUACCAGAGUGCUGUGGACAAGGCCUUACAGAGUCCAAAUGGACACCUGGACUUGUUCCUCCGCUUCCUCCUGGGUCUUUCACUGGAGACCAAUCAGACUCUCCUACGAGGUCUGCUGACACAGACAGGAAGUAGCUCACAAACCAAUCAGAGAACAGUCCAGUACAUCAAGAAGAAGUUGGAGGAUAAUCUCUCUGCAGAGAGAAGCAUCAAUCUGUUCCACUGUCUGAAUGAACUGAAUGAUGGUUCUCUAGUGGAGGAGAUCCAACAGUCCCUGAGUUCAGGACUUCUCUCCAGACGUAAACUGUCUCCUGCUCAGUAGUCAGCUCUGGUCUUCAUCUUACUGUCAUCAGAAAAAGAUCUGGACGUGUUUGACCUGAAGAAAUACUCUGCUUCAGAGGAGGCUCUUCUGAGGCUGCUACCAGUGGUCAAAGCCUCCAACAAAGCUCUACUGAGUGACUGUAACCUCUCAGAGAGAAGCUGUGAAGCUCUGUCCUCAGUUCUCAGCUCCCAGUCCUCUGGUCUGAGAGAGCUGGACCUGAGUAACAACAACCUGCAGGAUUCAGGAGUGAAGGUGCUGUCUGCUGGACUGGAGGGUCCACAUUGUACACUGGAGACUCUCAGUCUGUCAGGCUGUCUGAUCACAGAGGAAGGCUGUGCUUCUCUGGCCUCAGCUUUGAGCUCCAACCCCUCCCAUCUGAGAGAGCUGGACCUGAGCUACAAUCAUCCAGGAGUGAAGCUGCUGUCUGCUGGACUGGAGGAUCCUCACUGGAGACUGGAAACUCUCAGGUAUGAAGAGACCUGCUGCAGCCACCGACAAUCAGUCUGA